CCCUCCUGUAUCAGCCCCAUGAUCCUCUUUCAUUCAUCAGUGUGUGUGUGCGCAAAAACAGCGCACGCAUCUGAUCCGACACACACUUACGCAGAGUCUGACGCGGCGCACGGACUCUAAACCAGCGGCGAACGCGCUUCAUUCGCGGAUUUAACCGGAUUCCUUCUGCCUUUCCCCGCGGAUUCUCCUCUGGAUGUUAUGCUCGCGGUACUGCGCUGAUUCUUGGCCUCGCUCUGGACAUAUUGAUGGAUGUUUGGCGCACGGACCGAUGGAUUUGAUAUUUUGGGAGUCUGUCUGUAGGGUGUCAGAUGAACGUUGCAUCCGUGUUGUUUGGAGUUGCUGAUCGUGUCUCAUGGAUCAUCACGGUCAGCGUGGAGGAAGCCUCCCAUCCGGUGCCAUCCUGUCCCUGGACCAGAUCAAAGCCAUCCGCUCAUGCAACGAGUACACUGAGGGCCCGGCCGUAGCACCCAGACCGGCCCCGGGGCCUCCACCAAGCAACGCAGACAAGCAGGAGAGGACUCACGAGAUGAUCCUGGUGAAUGUGAAUAACAACUACGAGCACCGUGCGGUGCAUCCACCAGCGCUCAGCAGAUCCACGAGCUCCGGGAGCAAUAGCAGCGACGGAUCGGAGCGAGGCCUGCUAGCACCGUCGCAUCAUCGCAGUCCCACUGUACGGACUCAGCCGAAAUCUCUGAAUGCAUCCAUGCAUCCGUUUCUCGCACCGGACGUUCCUCUUAAACAGGAAAAACUAGACUUGGCGCAUUUAUACAUCUGCGAGAGUUGCGGGAAAUGCAAAUGCAGCGAAUGCAUGGCACCUCGUCCGCUUCCGGCGUGCCUCACAUGCAACGGACAGUGCUUGUGUUCGGCUGAAAAUGUUGUGGAGUAUGGGACAUGCAUGUGUUUAGUCAAAGGGAUUUUUUAUCAUUGCUCGAACGAUGACGAUGUUGGGGACCCAUGCGCGGACCGGCCGUGUUCUCUGUCACAUCCGCAGUGCUGCUCACGCUUUCUGUGCAUGGGACUCAUGUCGACACUCUUUCCAUGUUUGCUGUGUUACCUGCCUUCUAAGGCUUGCGUGAAAGCGUGCAACUCGUGCCACGACCGCGUGAAGCGGCCUGGAUGCCGCUGCAAGAACUCUAACACCGUUUACUGCAAGCUGCAGAACUGGAACCAGACGCCAGGACAUGCGCCAGGAAAACUGUCCUGAGAAAUCACACGUAUUUCUUUAGCUUUAAAAAGCUGGUUUUGCUGCUGCAAGAUGCGGAAAUUGCAAAGAGGGUGAGGCUGGGGGAGGAGUUAUGUCAAUGAGUGCCUGAUAAGCUCCGCCCCUCGUGGUGCAGAAGAACCACUCGUUUGUUUUCUUUAACCUGGCUGUGUUCCACUCCACUUUUAGUCACAUACUCAUGAACUUCCUUAAGCACUUCCCCUCGGGGGAAUGCCACUUUAAAGUGCGUUUCACUUCGUGACGAUGUUUAUGGACUGAUUUUGACAGAGGAUGCGAGUCUGCUUCAUAUGCACACAUCAGGCCGCGCCAUAGACCACUAUGCAAUGCGAUUAUGUCGUCAUCACAGAUCGCGUUUAAUAUAUCCCCACCUCAAACAACUCUACACUCUUAAAAAUAAAGGUGCUUCACGAUGCCAUA